GUGGAGUUGAGCAUAGCAUAUCAAUUUGGUCUUCCACCAUAUUUCUAUCCCUUUAAAAUUGCUGAGCGAAAGAGUGAAGAUAGUCUCUCUCCUUCCUUAUCCAAUUUGAUUCGGGCUUCAGCUCUUCUCUACACUACCUUUCAACUUGUUCCACUUCAAAAUUGCUGGUAGAUGGCUUGUUCAUCUUCAACAGCAUGGAGCAUGGCAACUCUAAAAGCGGCCUUGCCUUCUAAUCCUUCUGCUCCUGUGUUUAACAAGUUGCCGAUUUCGGCUGUCUGUAAUACUUCGUCCUCAAAGCCGCCAAGAGUGGGGCUAUCGCUACGGAGUUCUAAGCCUCUUCUACCACAGUUCAGUGGCCUCACUGCUCUCUGCCCCCUUCUCCCCUCUGGAUUAGAGAACUCAGGUUUUGACAGUCUAUUCAGAAUCAUUGAUAAUGGGGGCCGAUUCUUUGCCAUGAGACAUGGAAGAAAAGUGCCUAAACUUAACAGGCCUCCAGAUCAACGUCGUGCACUUCUUCGAGCCCUCACAACUCAGCUUCUUAAGCAUGGACGUAUAAAGACUACCAGAGCAAGAGCAAGUGCUGUGAGGAAGUAUAUUGACAAGAUGAUCACCUUGGCUAAAGAGGGUACUCUUCACAAAAGAAGGCAAGCGCUUGGGUUUAUAUAUGAGAAGCAGAUCGUUCAUGCCUUAUUUGCUGAGGUGCAAGAUAGGUAUGGAGACAGAAAUGGAGGAUACACAAGGAUCAUCAGAACCCUGCCAAGGAGAGGGGACAAUGCUCCAAUGGCCUACAUUGAGCUUGUUUAGGUGAAGGUUUACAGUUGGUGAAGUGGUCACUGGAAAACCGAUUGAGUAUGCUCCACAACAACAUGCUUCAAUUGAGAAACUUUUGAUAAGUAGGAAUUCAUCUUUUAAUGUUAAUCACUUUAGUUUCAGUGCAGUGGCUGAUUAUUACGACAGGAAAAUCUGUAUUUGACAAUGGAUAUAGUAAAUUGGUGUUUCUGUUAGCCCCUUCUUUGCUAGUUGUAUGUUCUGUUCAGGGCAUAUAUUAUGUAUAGAUGGUUUUUCUUUUCUUUUGAAGGGAUAUAGAUAGUUUAAACGAAAAGUAAACCAGGUUUGAGUA